AUGGACCCUGUCCUCCCAGCUCAGCGGAGACCACGAGAGAAGGCGGCAGCGACUACAGGAGCCGGUCGCUGUCUACCAAGCAAAAUGAGUUCUGGGCGGCGCCCACCUCCAGCUCGAGUACGUGUGGCCGUGCGACUGCGGCCCUUUGUGGAUAGGACAGAGGGAGCACGUGAUACGCCCUGUGUCCGAGGUCUGAACAGCUGCUCUCUGGAGAUUGCCAACUGGAGGAACCAGCAAGAGACUCUCAAAUACCAGUUUGAUGCUUUCUAUGGGGAGGGGAGCUCUCAACAGGACAUCUAUGGUGGUUCAGUGCAGCCCAUCCUGAGGCAUUUGCUGGAAGGACAGAAUGCCAGCGUGCUGGCCUAUGGGCCUACAGGGGCAGGGAAGACACACACGAUGCUGGGCAGCCCAGAGCAGCCAGGGGUGAUCCCCAGAGCUCUUAUGGACCUCCUGCAGCUCACAAGGGAGGAGGGUGCUGAGGGCCGGCCUUGGGCGCUCUCCGUUACCAUGUCCUACUUAGAGAUUUACCAGGAAAAGGUACUAGAUCUCUUAGAGCCGGCGUCGGGAGACCUGGUAAUCCGAGAAGACUGUCGGGGGAACAUCCUGAUUCCAGGCCUCACACAGAAGCCCAUAACUAGCUUCGCUGAGUUUGAGCGGCACUUUCUACCUGCCAGUCGAAAUCGGACUGUCGGAGCCACCCGGCUCAACCAGCGCUCCUCCCGCAGCCAUGCUGUGCUCCUGGUCAAGGUCGAUCAGCGGGAACGAUUUGCCCCAUUCCGCCAGCGGGAGGGAAAACUCUACUUGAUUGACUUGGCUGGCUCCGAGGACAACAGGCGCACAGGCAACAAGGGCCUGCGGCUAAAGGAGAGCGGUGCCAUCAACACUUCCCUCUUUGUGCUGGGCAAGGUGGUAGAUGCACUGAACCAGGGCUUCCCUCGAGUGCCCUACCGGGACAGCAAGCUCACUCGCCUGCUGCAGGACUCCCUGGGUGGCUCAGCCCACAGCAUCCUCAUUGCCAACAUUGCUCCUGAAAGACGCUUCUACCUCGACACGGUCACUGCGCUCAACUUCGCUGCCAGGUCUAAGGAGGUGAUUAACCGGCCUUUCACCAAUGAAAGCCUGCAGGCUCCCGUUUUGGGACCUGUUAAACUGUCCCAGAAAGAACUGCUGGGUCCACCAGAGGCGAAGAGAGCCCGAGAACCUGAAGAGGAGGAGGCUGAAACCCCUGACCCCCCAGAAGCUCCAGCUUCAGGCUCUCAGAGUCUCAGUCUCCUGCAGAAGCUAAGCAACAUGGACCCCGCCGUGCUGGAGCGCCUCGUAAACUUGGAUCGUCUGCUAGGCUCCCAGGGGAGUAAGGGGGCGUCCCUGCUGAACACUCCGAAACGAGAGCGAAUGGUACUCAUGAAGACCGUGGAGGAGAAAGACCUGGAGAUUAAAAGGCUCAAAAUGAAGCAAAAAGAACUGGAAACCAAGGUGCUGGCCCAAGAGGCUGUGGAUCCAAAAGAUAAGGAGAAUAUCUCUCCCAAGAUGCUCCGGCCCCUUUCCUGCCGCACAACCACCGAGACUGAGCCCCUAAAGAAAGCAGUGGUGAUCCCCUUACAACUGUUGCAGAAGCAGGCAGCUUCUCCACAUACUGAGGUCCAUAUCCUGAAGAAGAGAGGCCGGAAACGGAAGCUGGAGCACCAGGAUGCCUCCAAACCGGAGGAAAAACUUGAAGAGGUUUGGGAGCCAGAGAUUAGCCCAGAGCUACUGGCCCUUGGGCGUCAAAAAAUCUUGGAAUUGCUAAACAAAGGCUCAGCCCGGGACCUACGCAGUCUGCAGCGCAUUGGCCAGAAGAAGGCCCAGCUCAUCGUGGGCUGGAGGGAGCUGCAUGGCCCCUUCAGCCAGGUGGAGGACCUGGAACGUGUGGAAGGCAUAUCUGGGAAACAGAUGGAGUCCUUCCUAAAGGCGAAUAUCCUGAGCCUCGCCGCGGGCCAGCGCAGUUGCCCCUCCUGA